GGUUCCGGCGUGGGUCAGGAGCGCCGCUCUCUCCCGGGCUGGAGGAAAGCGCCCUAGUCGCGGUAGUGGGGACCCCAGCGCGGCCGGGCGCGCGUGACCAUGUGGAGGCUGCUCGCUCGCGCCAGUGUGCCGAUCCUGCGGGCGCCCUUGUCAGAUUCUUGGGCGGCCCUGCCCGCCAGUGCUGGCCUAAAGACGCUACUCCCGGUGCCAACUUUUGAAGGUAUUUCCAUUCCUGAAAAGUACAGGCUUAAAUUUGUUGAAAGAGUACCACUUGUGCCAAAAACAAGAAGAGAACCUAAAAACUUGAAGGAUAUACGUGGACCUUCCACUGAAGCUACUGAGUUCACAGAAGGCAAUUUUGCAAUCUUGGCACUGGGUGGUGGUUACCUCCGUUGGGGCCAUUUUGAAAUGAUGCGCCUGACGAUCAAUCGCUCCAUGGACCCCAAGACCAUGUUUGCUAUAUGGCGAGUACCAGCCCCUUUCAAGCCCGUCACCCGCAAGGGUAUUGGGCAGCGCAUGGGGGGAGGCAAAGGUGCCAUUGAUCACUAUGUGACACCUGUGAAGGCUGGCCGCCUCGUAGUAGAGAUGGGUGGGCGUUGUGAAUUCAAAGAGGUACAAGGUUUCUUGGACCAGGUUGCCCAAAAGUUGCCCUUCCCAGCAAAGGCUGUGAGCCGUGAGACUCUAGAGAAGAUGCGGAAAGAUCAAGAGGAAAGAGAACAUAACAACCAAAACCCCUGGACCUUUGAGCGCAUAGCCACCGCCAACAUGCUGGGCAUUCGGAAAGUACUGAGCCCAUAUGACUUGACCCAGAAGGGGCGGUACUGGGGCAAGUUCUUCAUGCCCGAACGUGUGUAGAGUGUAAGAAAUAAAUGUACAGAGGCUAUGGAGAGAA